UAAAGUGGUCUAACCUUACUUUUUCAACUUAUAACGACCAUGGGCAAAACAUCCAAAGACAAACGUGAUAUUUAUUAUAGAAAAGCAAAAGAACAAGGGUGGAGGGCUAGAAGUGCUUUUAAACUCUUACAAAUUGACGAAAAAUUUGAUAUUUUUAAAGGAGUCACAAAAGCUGUAGAUUUAUGUGCUGCCCCAGGGUCAUGGAGUCAAGUACUAUCAAGAAAAUUGUAUUUGGGUGAAAAAAUUAAUAUAAAGGAGAAAUGUACAUUAUUCCACACAGAUGAUACUGCUGUUCAAUCAAAAGAUUUGAGUAAUGAAGUGAAUAAAGAAACAAAAUUCAAAAAUGAAAAUGUUAAAAUUGUUGCUGUGGAUUUGCAACCAAUGUCCCCACUGCCAGGGGUUAUUCAAAUCCAGGGUGAUAUCACCAAAUAUUCCACUGCACAGGAAAUUAUAGGACAUUUUCAAGGCACCCAUGCAGACUUAGUUGUUUGUGAUGGUGCUCCAGAUGUAACUGGUUUGCACUGUAUGGAUAUUUACAUUCAAGGACAGUUACUACUAGGGGCACUACAUAUCACUUGUAAUGUUUUGAAACCUGGAGGAACAUUUGUAGCAAAAAUUUUCAGAGGGAAGAAUAAUGAUUUAUUGACAAAUCAAUUAUACACUUUGUUUAAAGAAGUUCAUGUUGUGAAGCCCAGUAGCUCCAGAAACUCAAGUAUUGAGGCAUUUGUAGUAUGUACAUCUUAUGAUCCACCAGAAGGAUUUGACCCAAAAUUAAUGACACCUUACUUAAAUGUUUCGAACAAAGAUUUUAGUAAACUUGAAGGAGUCAACAGGGUGAUCAUUCCAUUUGUUGUUUGUGGAGAUGUGAGCGCUUAUGAUUCCGAUACAACGUAUCCAUUACAAUUAAAAGGAGAGGAACCAUACAAAUAUAGACCACCUGUACAACCACCAAUAGCACCUCCAUAUUAUUUUUCAAAGGACACGAAAUUUAAUGCGCCUGAUUGUACAACUGCGAAGGCGUCCAAAAUUCAAACAGAAAACGUAGAAUGCAUUACAAAAAAACUUGAUUCUGUUAAGAUAGAAUUUGAUGAGCAAACAGAAAUUCCAUACAUAUUUACUGAAUAUCCUCUAAGUGAUCAAUUACAAACAGUAACUACCUCCAAUUUGACAAGGACCCAGGAAUUAAGUGAUAAAAAUGAACUUGCAGAGUUGCAAAGUAUAUACGAGGAGAAUAACAUAAAAGCCAGUCCGGAGGUUUUAAACCGAAUGCUUGAACAUCUUAAACAAUCUGAUACUUGUACAUGUAAUUUAUAACAUGUAAAAAAUAAAAUAA